UGUAACUCAGCUAUUUAUAAGUUGGAUCCCAAAGACAAGGAGUAUGGGAUCAAUUUGACGGAUGAGGGUGCUGACAUUUUCACAGCCCGUGUCAACAUUGAAGUACAGUGGGCUGAAGAAUCAACCAUAGCAGCGAUCGAGCGUAACGGCGGUAUUAUCACCACACGCUUCUAUGACUUUCCGAGUUUGCAAGCAAUAGUGGACCCCGAGUGGUUCUUCAAGAAAGGUGCCCCUAUACCCCGAUGCUCCUUGCCACCUAAAGACGCCCUGGAGUAUUAUACAAACCCGGAAAAACGAGGGUACCUUGCUGAUCCGGAGAAGGUCCGCCAGGCGCGCUAUGAAUUGGCGCAGAAGUACGGCUAUGAGCCAACGGAUUAUGAAAAUGGACCCAAUGCGGAACUGUUUAAGAAACGAAAGGACCCGAGACAGAUUUUCUUUGUUUUGAGUCCAGGCUGGGUGAUUUGCCUGAAGGACAAAGUAAUCAUAAAACCCAGAGAUGAUGAUUAUUUACAGUAUAACCAUGCUUGA